CGUAAACCCGUUUGUGGCUGUUGAUCUCAGGACUGGGAGCCAACGACCACCGGCUUACCUAGAUAGUAUAAAAGUUACGGUCUCGGACCACACUACACGCACUAUAAAAAUACUGGCCAACUGUGCUACUCGAUCCGUAACUUUUAAAACUAUUAAAAAUGAAAUCCGCAACAGCUCUCCUUGUGUUGACAAUUGCAGCGUUCGCAGCUGCCCAAAACGAGCAGUACACCGAUAAAUUCGACAAUGUAAAUUUGGACGAGAUUCUCUCUAACAAACGUUUACUUGUGCCUUAUAUCAAGUGCGCUCUCGACCAAGGAAAGUGCACAGCUGACGGCAAGGAACUCAAAUCACACAUUAAAGAAGCAUUAGAGAACUACUGCGCCAAAUGCACAGAAGCACAAAAGGACGGCACCCGCCGGGUGAUCGGUCACCUUAUCAACAACGAGCCUCAGUACUGGGAAGAACUUACCAACAAAUAUGACAAAGAUCGCAAAUACGUCGAGAAAUACGAAUCCGAAUUAAAAACAAUUCAAGGUUAAAACUUACUAAUGGCGCUUCUACGAGUCUGUGAUAAACAAUGGUUUGACGUUUAAAAAUAUAUUGGUGAAAAAUCAUUUGUUAAAUUGGUUGAGAUUUGGUGUAUCAUCAUUUCUUUAAUUUCAUCAUUUCUUUAAUGUAAGAAUGUUCAAUGGGAAUAAAAAAAUUACAUGUUAA